AUUGAAGCCAAGUGUAUUCCACAAUUUGAAAUCAGUUAACUGCUUCGCAUUCCCGACAAAAUGUUAUUAAAACCUCAGAAGGAGUCGCCAUUUCCCGCCAAAUCUAGGUCAAAUGUUGACCCAGCUGACCUUUAAUCCGGAGGCGCUAAUUGGUUCAAAUGAGUGACCAAUCAGAGACUCGCGUCUCCCCAAGGAAAUCCAAUAUGGCGUCCGAUUGUUGACAUCUCACAGAGUGUUGCAAUCACAGCCCAAGUUUUCGUGUUAUUCUGCCGCGCUGAAGAGAUUGUGAUAUAUUUACCGAAUGGUAACAGAAUAUAAGACACCAUGGAUCUUCAUGAAUUGUUCCUGGCGUGCAGAAAGGGAGAUUUGUCGCGUGUCAAGCACCUGGUGGAGCAAAAGGAAGUGGACCUGAAUGUGAGAGACCGGUGGGACAGUACACCAUUGUACUAUGCUUGUCUAUGUGGCCAUGAAGAUCUAGUGGAGUAUCUACUGGACAAAGGUGCACGAUGUGAAGCCAACACCUUCGACGGCGAGCGCUGCCUGUACGGCGCGCUGAACGACAGAAUCAGGAACAUGCUGAAGAACUACAAACAGGUCACCUCACAGACAUUACGAAGGGACAACUACGACGAGUUUCUACGAAAGCUUUUAGAGCUGGGAAACUACGAGGAUGUUGAGUUUGAGGUGCACGAUGAGGUGUUCACGGCCCACAAGUGCAUCCUGAGUGCACGGUCAGGGUACUUUGCAGAGAUGCUGCAGACAAAGUGGAAGAACAAGGCUCACGUUCAGAUCAAACAUAGUCUGGUCAACCCCAGCGCAUUCAGAUCAGUGUUACAGUAUCUAUAUACAGGUCGAUUAGAUACUGAUGUCUACAAUGUUGAGGACUGUAUAAGACUGGCCAAGCAGUGUCGACUAGGAAAACUCAUCGAUGAACUUGAGAAGAGGCUAAAGGCAGUGUAUGACUUCGUAUCUACCAAGCCAGGCACUCAUGUGACCAUGAUCAGUGUGGAACAUGAGGGUCUGUAUAACCAGGAUCUAUGUGAAGACUUCGGCAGACUUGCGGAAAGCUGCAUGCCUCCAGAGCUGGGCAACUGGGUCACCUCCGGAGUCUUACCGUUUUUCUGCAGCCCUGAAGACGAAGACAAGACUGCGUAUGAUGACGUCUGCUUUGAGGUAGAAUCCCACAGGUUCUACUGUCACAAGGUCUUUCUCUGUGGUCGCAGUGACUACUUCAAGGCCCUUCUGAUUGACCACUUCAGCGAGAGACCUAAGGAGGACUCGGAGACGGAGGCUCCCAUCCCUGUAGUGGAGUUGCAUGAUGUCAGUGCAUACGUCUUCAGCAGGGUCUUAUACUACAUCUAUCAGGACAGCACUGAGGUGUCCCCUGACCAUGUGUUUGAGGUGUUACGAGUAGCGGACAUGUACCUGUUACCUGGGCUGAAGAGACAGUGUGCCAACGUCAUCAGUCAACACCUGGACGAAAACAACGUCAUCCCGGUCCUCCGAGCGUCGCGACUGUUCGAGCUGCCACGGCUUGAGGAUCAGUGCACCGAAUACAUGGCCAAGGUCUUGGAUAAGCUGGUGGAGACGGAUGACUUUGCGGACCUGGUUCGAGAGGACGCGGCCCAAGUGGAGGCGCGAGAGGAGACGGACUCCAUCCCCGUGGUGGACGACAUCCGCUACCACAUCACCAGUAACGUGCAGACCUACAGCGCUCUGGACGAGGCCAAUCAGAAGCUGGCGGCGCUGGACUGGUUACUUGACAGGCUGGGGUUAGAAGGGUAGUAAGUGUGAUGGAACCUUCCAUGUCAUCUUCAGGGGUGCCUAAGCUUUUGCACAAAGUUUAUGAAAUCGGUAUGAAUUUUAUUAAAAACACAAAAAUCACUAUGCGAAAAUAUAAAAAUCUUAUGUGAUAUGCGCAAAUAUACCAUCUUUUCCUGUUACCACCAUCUUAGAUACCUCGCUUAACUUCAUGCAACCUGUCAUGCAACCUGGACAGCAGUUGGCCGGUUUGCAUAAAAUGAAUACGUAUCCAGUUUGAUUUGUUGACAUUUCACAAAUCACGUUUCACAUGUUGAUGCGUAUCACAGAAGAUUUGCGGGUUUUCACUUUGCACUUCAGUCAGUCAAUAAGCCAUUUAUAUUCACGUAUAAUAUGGGCUUAUCUAAUAGAAUUUUUAAAAAGUUUUUGCACAGUGAUUUUUGCGUUUUUGAAAAAUUCUUACACAUUUUAUCAAAUUCCUGCAAAUACUUGGACACCCCUUGUCUUCAGAUUGAAGAAUUCUGUCCAAAAAAAAGUUAAGCAUACUAACUUAUAGCUUGGAUUGUUCACAUGGCUUAAUAGGCAAUGUACAAAGAUGUAAUUCUAAGCUGCCCGAAUACUAGAAAAAUAGCUUCAGAAUGAAGAAUUUUGUUGCAAGCAAGUUCGCACAGUUGUAGCUUGGAUUUUAGGCCAACAGAAAACACACACAACAAACAAAAUAAUGUUUUGUCUACUUCUGUGCUGAUAGGGAAUUCUUGGGUAACUAUAGUCUUUCACUUUCUCAUUAUACUACUGGAACUACUAGUAAAAAUUACAGGUAAGAGUACAUGGUUGUAUAUGUAUUUAAGUGGAAUUCUUUUGUAGCAAAUUAAACUCAACCCUGCCUUGUAAAAAAUGGAAUGUUACUAAUAGAACAGUAUUAUAUCUAAUGUUAUGCAAAACAAGAGAAGUGGUUUUAGUAAGUAAAAAAUAUUAGAAAGUAAUAUGAUAAUGUUUCAUUGUAAAAUAUGACUUGUUGAUAUUAUGGAAUCAAAUGUCCUAAUUAUUAUAUCAUAUUCAACAUAUAUCUACAAUAAUAAGAUUGUAAAAGUGUGACAUAUUCACAAACAUUCAUAUUGAAUGUAGAGAAAAUUAUUCAUAGUUUAAUGGUGAAAAUAUUUAAUAUGUACUUUUCAUAUUCAAUUCCUCUUGCAUUUGUUGCCUCUAUGCACAUAUAGCAGUAUAAAUUUGCUGGCACAUUGUGUGUAUAUUGUAUGAAAUGUUUCCAAAUCUUUUUAUAUAUUUUACUAUAUGCUGAUGCCAUGAUACGCCUUUGUACAAUUUCAUGUAUAUUAAUUUGCCAAAUUCACAUCU